UCACCAAUUAUAUAUAGUAUAUAAUUACGGAACAUAAUUACUUACUGUUCAGACAUCUCGAGAUUGAGACGAAAGUGUCUUAACUUCAACAUCUCAUCACUUCUCAAUUCUAACCACCCAAACUCAUCUUCUCUCCUCCACCAUGAAACAACCUCCGCCAUUGUUCUUCCUCCUCAUUCUUCUCUCCGCCACCAUCGCCUCCGCCGCUACAACGCCCACGGUCUCCCCUACUCCUUCCCCCACAUCCUCCCCCACCCCACCCACCACCAAAGCACCAUCAUCUUCCUCAUCUCCUCUAGACCCUGAACAAAUAAAAACACUUCGGUCCCUCCACAUCCCUACCACAAGAGACCCUUGCAUUCAACCUUCCCCUCGCAACGCCACCAUCUGCGACAACUCUAAGCCCUUGCGCCACCUCAUUUCCCUCCACCUCUCCAACUGUUCAUCCGACCUUUUCCUCUCCUCCGCAGCUCUCAAGUCCCUCUCUUCCCUUCGUUCUCUCUCCUUCACCGACUGCCAGGUAUCCCCUGUCCGCUUCCCUUCCCAGCUCUCUCUUUCCCUCACUUCCUUCUCCUGCAUUCGAUCCCUCCGGCGUCUCUCUGGGGUCUGGCUCUCGCGUUUCGUUAACCUCACUGAUCUCACAGUUUCCUACACUCCGGUUAAGGCCAGCGGUCUUUAUGUAAUCCUUGGCCACAUGCAUCAGCUGAAGACACUCACCAUUUCUCAUGCUAAUCUUUCUGGUUCUCUUCCAAGGCACUUGAAUCCGGAUCUGACCCAUGUUGAUGUAUCUGAUAACAAGCUCAAAGGAAAGAUACCAACUUCUCUUACGCUUCUUGAAGAUCUUAAAUUCUUGAAUCUUUCUUCAAACGGGCUAGAUGGGGAGAUUCCCACUGAGCUUGGUAACAUGAUAUCCUUAAAGAAUCUGUCAUUGGCUUCCAAUUCGUUCUCUGGGUCGAUCCCAAGUUCCUUUUCAGCUAUUCCAGGCUUGGUUCAUGUCGAUCUGAGCAACAACCAGCUAAACGGAAGUGUUCCAAAGUUUUUGUCAGAGCUGAAAGGGUUGAAAGUGUUGAAUCUGGAGAACAAUCAGCUCAAUGGGGUUUUACCUUUCAAUGCUAGCUUCAUAAAGCGGUUGGCUGUUUUCAAGGUUGGUGGGAAUAGCAAUUUGUGUUACAAUCAUUCUGUUUUGUCAUCAAAACUGAAGCUUGGGGUUGCUCGUUGCGAUAAGAAUGGAUUUCCGAUUGUAGCGCCGCCUCCGAAGGAGUCUUCUGCAGAUAGUGAGAGUGAUUAUGGUGAUGAUGAUGCAGUUGAUUCAAGUAAUAAGAAGGAGAAGCAUCACGGGCCAAGUAAGGUUGUACUUGGUUUUGCAAUUGGUAUUUCUUCAAUCGUUUUCCUUAUUAUUUUCUUGAUUCUGAUCGCAAAAUGCUGUCGUUGAAGUGGGGGAAAAGACUUUUGGUUAUGAGUUGGAUCUAUAGAUGGGGGAAAUUGGUUAUUCGUUGCCAUUUAUUUAUUAUUUUAAUACACUUUGAUUUGUGAAAAUUUAGAGGGUAGCUAUAGAUGGAAUUUUGUGAGUAAAAGGAGAGAGAAGCAAAGGAAUCGUUUGAACUGGGUGUGUGGGUGUUAAUUUUUUGGCUGCUCUUUUGGUCAUUGAAUGAUUAAAAGAUCAGUGGUUUUCAUGUGUUUUGUAUGAUUUGUGGUCGAUAGGGUCCUUCAGAGUGAAAUGUUUUUCCUCAGUAAUAAUAAUACAUUUUCUUCUUGAUCUUCAA